CGUGGGGGGAGAUGGCGUCCUACGUGGAUAACAGCUUCCGCCAAGCGGUGAUGAAGAACCCCGCGGAGAGGACCCCCCAGGAUCUGGAAAUAGUCUAUUCCUAUUUACAUGGGAUGGAAGCCUUAUCGAACCUGAGGGAACACCAACUUAGGUUAAUGUGUGAGACUGUGCGCUACGAAAGGCAUGAAGCAAAUGAAGUCUUAUAUUAUCCUGACGAUAUUGGGACCUGCUGGUAUAUCCUCCUCUCUGGUUCUGUGUUCAUUAAGGAAUCCAUGUUUCUUCCAAGAAGCAGUUUUGGCAAGCGUUCUGCUGGAAGCUUCAGACGUGGUUGUGAGUGCAUUGUUUUAGAGCCUUCUGAAAUGAUUGUGGUAGACUAUAUGGAUGAAAAUGAAGAAUAUUUUCAGAGGCAAGCCUCUCACAGACAGUCCCGAAGAAGAUUUAGAAAAAUCAACCAGAAAGGCGAGCGACAAACAAUUAUUGACACUGUUGAUCCUUACCCUGUGGGCAAACCUGCUUUGCCUAGGGGCUAUCACACGGAAUGCACUAAACCUCAGCUUCCUGCAGAUUUCACAAAGCUCCACCUCACUGACAGUCUCCACCCACAGGUGACCCACGUGUCUUCCAGCCACUCAGGAUGUAGCAUCACAAGUGACUCUGGAAGCAGCAGUCUUUCUGAUAUUUAUCAGGCCACAGAGAGUGAGGCUGGUGACAUGGACCUCAGUGGGCUUCCAGAAACAGCUGUGGACUCGGAGGAUGAUGACGACGAGGAAGACAUUGAGAGGGCAUCAGAUCCUCUGAUGAGCAGGGACAUAGUAAGGGACUGCCUGGAGAAGGACCCCAUCGACAGGACUGAUGAUGACAUUGAACAACUCUUGGAGUUUAUGCACCAGUUGCCAGCCUUUGCCAAUAUGACGAUGUCAGUGCGGCGGGAAUUGUGUGCAGUGAUGGUGUUCGCAGUGGUGGAGAGAGCAGGAACCAUCGUGCUCAAUGAUGGAGAAGAGCUGGACUCCUGGUCGGUGAUUCUCAAUGGCUCUGUGGAGGUGACUUAUCCAGAUGGAAAGGCAGAAAUCCUGUGUAUGGGAAACAGCUUUGGUGUCUCUCCCACCAUGGACAGAGAGUAUAUGAAAGGGGUUAUGAGAACAAAGGUGGAUGACUGCCAGAGUCUCACAGGAUGUGAGAGUGAUCUGGUUGGGACAUCUGUCACCCCAUUGAUGGCCAGGGUUGACUCAGCUGAUCUGGCUGGCGAAGCGGAUAUCCCCUUCCUCCCUCAUUGCUCCAUGUGCCUCUCUCUUGAAGCUGUACACUUGGUGGAAGAGGACAACAAUCCCCUAUUUAAAGAACUUCUAACAAGAUUGUCAGAAGAGAAAAGAAAUGGUGCGCCUCACCUUCCUAAAAUUGGAGACAUCAAAAAGGCCAGUCGCUACUCCAUCCCAGACCUUGCUGUAGAUGUAGAACAAGUAAUAGGACUUGAAAAAGUAAACAAGAAAAGUAAAGCUAACACUGUUGGAGGAAGGAAUAAGCUAAAAAAGAUACUUGAUAAGACUCGGAUCAGUAUCUUGCCUCAGAAACCAUAUAAUGACAUUGGGAUUGGUCAGUCUCAGGACGACAGCAUAGUCGGACUGAGACAGACAAAACAUAUCCCAGCUGCCCUGCCUGUCAGCGGAACCUUGUCAUCCAGCAACCCUGACUUGCUGCAGUCACACCACCGUAUUCUAGACUUCAGCGCUACUCCUGACUUGCCAGACCAAGUGCUACGGGUGUUUAAAGCUGACCAGCAAAGCCGAUAUAUCAUGAUCAGUAAGGACACCACAGCAAAGGAAGUGGUCAUUCAGGCCAUCCGGGAAUUUGCCGUGACUGCCACCCCAGAUCAAUAUUCUCUGUGUGAAGUCUCUGUCACUCCUGAAGGAGUGAUCAAGCAAAGACGACUUCCAGAUCAGCUUUCCAAACUUGCUGAUAGAAUACAACUGAGUGGAAGAUAUUAUCUGAAAAACAACAUGGAAACAGAAACACUGUGCUCGGAUGAGGAUGCCCAGGAGUUGUUACGAGAGAGUCAGAUUUCCCUGCUUCAGCUCAGCACAGUGGAAGUUGCCACACAGCUCUCAAUGAGGAAUUUCGAGCUCUUCCGUAACAUUGAACCUACUGAAUACAUUGAUGAUUUAUUUAAACUCAAGUCAAAAACCAGCUGUGUUAACCUGAAGAAAUUUGAAGAAGUCAUUAACCAGGAAACAUUUUGGGUGGCCUCUGAGAUUCUGAGAGAGACAAACCAGCUGAAGAGGAUGAAGAUCAUUAAGCAUUUCAUCAAGAUAGCACUGCACUGUCGGGAAUGCAAGAAUUUCAACUCCAUGUUUGCAAUUAUCAGUGGCUUAAACCUGGCACCAGUGGCAAGACUGCGAACUACCUGGGAAAAACUUCCCAAUAAAUAUGAAAAGCUAUUCCAAGACCUCCAAGAUCUGUUUGAUCCUUCCAGAAACAUGGCAAAAUACCGUAAUGUCCUCAGUGGUCAGAAUCUGCAGCCUCCUGUCAUCCCCCUGUUCCCUGUCAUCAAGAAGGACCUCACAUUCCUCCAUGAAGGAAACGACUCAAAAGUAGAUGGGCUAGUCAACUUUGAGAAGCUAAGGAUGAUUGCAAAAGAAAUUCGUCACGUUGGCCGUAUGGCUUCAGUCAACAUGGACCCAGCCCUCAUGUUCAGAACCCGGAAGAAGAAGUGGCGGAGUCUGGGGUCACUCAGCCAGGGUAGUGCAAAUGCCACAGUACUGGACGUUGCUCAGACAGGCGGCCACAAAAAGCGUGUACGUCGUAGUUCCUUCCUCAAUGCCAAAAAGCUGUAUGAAGAUGCCCAAAUGGCUCGAAAAGUGAAGCAAUACCUGUCUAAUUUGGAACUGGAAAUGGAUGAGGAGAGUCUUCAGACCUUAUCACUGCAGUGUGAGCCAGCCACCAACACAUUACCCAAGAACCCAGGUGACAAGAAGCCUGCCAAGUCUGAAACCUCCCCAGUGGCUCCACGUGCAGGGUCACAGCAGAAAGCACAACCACAGCAGCAGCCACUGCCACCGCCACCGCCACAUAAAGCCAGUCAGGGCCUGCAGGUUCCUGCUGUGUCCCUGUACCCCUCACGGAAGAAAGUGCCCGUGAAGGAUCUUCCACCAUUUGGCAUAAACUCUCCACAAGCUUUAAAGAAAAUUCUUUCUCUGUCUGAAGAAGGGAGUUUGGAGCGUCACAAGAGGCAAGCAGAAGACACCAUCUCCAACACAUCUUCUCAGCUGUCUUCUCCUCCCACUUCACCACAGAGUUCCCCAAGGAAAGGUGGCAGUGGCAGUCUACUGAGAUCUUUUGGCUCCGGGCAGUUGGACUUAACCAGUUCCUCCUCUUCUCUUGGAAGUGAGAACAAUAACAAGAAUAACAAUGCACCACGGACCUAUGGGAUAGGUUAUACUUUGGCUCCCAGUGGUACUGUGGAUAAUUUUUCAGAUUCUGGUCACAGUGAAAUUUCUUCACGAUCCAGUAUUGUCAGCAAUUCUUCCUUUGACUCAGUGCCGGUCCCACCACAUGACGAGAGGCGCCAGAGGCAUUCUGUCAGCAUCGUGGAAACUAACCUGGGUGUGGGCAGGAUGGAGCGACGCACCCUGAUAGAGCCUGAUCAGUACAGCUUAGGGUCCUAUGCACCAAUGUCUGAAAGCCGAGGCUUGUAUGCUGCAGCUACAGUCAUUUCUUCUCCAAGCACAGAGGAGCUUUCCCAGGACCAGGGGGACCGGGCUUCCCUGGAUGCCGCUGACAGUGGCCGUGGGAGCUGGACUUCGUGUUCAAGUGGUUCCCAUGAUAACAUCCAGACCAUCCAGCACCAGAGAAGCUGGGAAACACUUCCAUUUGGGCACACUCACUUUGACUAUUCAGGGGAUCCUGCAGGUUUAUGGGCCUCAAGUAGCCAUAUGGACCAAAUUAUGUUUUCUGAUCAUAGCACAAAGUAUAACAGGCAGAAUCAAAGUAGAGAGAGUCUUGAACAAGCCCAGUCCCGAGCGAGCUGGGCAUCUUCCACUGGGUACUGGGGAGAAGACUCAGAAGGCGACACGGGAACAAUCAAGCGCCGGGGUGGGAAAGAUGUCUCCAUUGAAGCUGAAAGCAGCAGUGUGGCAUCUGUCACCACAGAGGAAACCAAACCUGUCCCUGUGUCUACCCACAUAUCUGUGACAGCGAGCACCGCCAAGGGACUCAUCACACGCAAGGAGGGCAGGUACCGGGAGCCCCCACCUACCCCUCCAGGCUACGUGGGCAUCCCCAUCACUGACUUCCCAGAUGGACAUUCCCACCCGGCCCGGAAGCCCCCCGACUACAGCGUGGCACUGCAGAGAUCACGCAUGGUGGCCCGACCAUCCGAUGCCACUGGGCCCUCCUCUCCUGCGCAGGUGCAACCCCCGACGGGCAGCAGCAGACCCUCCAGCAAGCCACAGUGGCACAAGCCCAGUGAUGCUGACCCCCGCCUGGCCGCCUAUCAGCCGCAAGGGUUUUCCACCCAGGAGGAUGAAGAGGAGCAGGUGUCCGCUGUGUGAGCCACCUGAAGGAGGAGAGCACAAGAUGUCCCUAGCAGUGGAGCCUUGGAACUUACAUCCUGAGGAUGGCGGACCAAUUUGCCUCCUUCCCUGCCUUAAAAGCAGCAUGGGGCUUCUUCUCCCCCUCUUCCUGUCCCCUUUGCAUGUGAAGUACUGUGAAGAAAUUGCCCUGGCACUUUUCAGACUUUGUUGCUUGAAAUGCACAGUGCAGCAGCCUCUGAGUGCCCACUGUUGCUGCCUGCCACAUCCACAGUAUCAUUCCAGAUUCCAAGAUCAUCCCAACACAGUGAUUGCCUCUGGCUGCACUUCUCAAUGCCCAGAAGGACCUGUGAAACCUGCCUUUUCAAUUUCAGUGCAGGCCUAGUGCUUGCUCUCAUUGGGGUCAUGAGAAAAGCUAGCCAUUGAACUACUUGGGGCCUUUAACCCAUCAUGGACGACAAAGAAAAACAACAAAAUCCUUUGAGUACAGUGCUUGGCCACUUGUUUACAGUCUUUUUUUCUUUUUAAUGAAUUUAAAGAUUUAAUGAAUUUAACAGUUGUGUUCAGAGAAUAAAUGUUAUAUCUGUGUAAUAAUUACAGUAUUAUUUUGAACCUUAAGUAGGGUUGCCAGACUGGGUUUCUUUAAAAACAAAAAAAAAACAAAUAUGCCCAACAGGGUGUGGCCAUGCCAGGAAGGGGGUGACCUGGCUGUGCCCGGUCUUCAUGGGUCCUGCAGGCCUCGCCUCCCUCAAGUGCCCUAUCCCAGAAGGAUGAAAUGUUAGCCAAUUACUCCAAUACCAGGACUUCUUGCCCUCUUUUCCCUAGUGGGUGAGUGGGUUCUUCCUACAUCUGUUUGCACAUAGCCAAGGGACGGAAAUGGGACCCUGGUGUGCUGUCUGAGCUGAUUGCAGGCAGGACAGUGUCAGUGGAGGAUAUAUCCUGCUCCAUCAAGAUGGAUGGCAAACCCCGUGUUUUUAAGUUAUAUUUCUUUGAGUUUUUUGUUUUGUUGUUAAUUUAGGGUUUGUAGGGCUUUUUAUUUUUUAAAGGAAACAUUUAUAACUGGAUAGCAUCGCAGUGACAGCAGCUUGGAAUGUUGAAGCUAUGCCAGCUGCAAAAAUACUGCUCUUUCAAGACAGCUGCCCUUUGUUGAAUUGGCAUUAGGGAAUAAAUAAAUCUUUAAAAAUGAUCAACAAUCAAAAACCUGGUUAGACAUGCCAGCCUUUACAACAAGGGUUAGUCAUAGUGAAUAACCUGUAAGUGGCUUUAAGGAUGUUGCAUAGAGAAGGCCUAAGUGUAGCAACCAUCUGCUCACAGCUGCUAUUAACCCUAUAAUGACUGAAAAUGAUCCCUUUCCACUCUAUUUUUGUGUUGUUUUUUGCACAGACUCCGGAAAAGUGAAGGCUGCCAAUCUGAGUAGUACUCAAAUGUGAGGAACUGCUGGUCUUGGAUUUUUUUCCAUUAAAUUCAGCUGAUCAUAUUGAUCAGUAGAUAAACGUAAAUAGCUUCAAAUUUUAAAAGUCAAAUUGCAGUGUUUUUUCACUGUAUCAAACGUCAGUGCUUUAUUUAAUAAUUCUCUUCUGUAUCAUGGCAUUUGUCUUAUCUACCUGCUUAUAUAUUAUUACAUUGUCAAUUAUGCAUUUGUAAUUUUACAUGUAAUAUGCAUUAUUUGCCAGUUUUAUUAUAUAGGCUAUGGACCUCAUGUGCAUAUAGAAAGAGAAAUCUAGCUCUACCACAAGUCGCACAAAUGUUAUCUAAACAUUAAGUAAUUGUAGAACAUAGGACUGCUGAUCUCAGUUCGCUGUGAUGUCAAGUGCAGAAUGUACAAUUAACUGGUGAUUUCCUCAUACUUUUGAUACUACUUGUACCUGUAUGUCUUUUAGAAAGACAUUGGUGGAGUCUGUAUCCCUUUUGUAUUUUUAAUACAAUAAUUGUACAUAUUGGUUAUAUUUUUGUUGAAGAUGGUAGAAAUGUACUAUGUUUAUGCUUCUACAUCCAGUUUGUAUAAGCUGGAAAAUAAAUAUAACAUAAAGUCUUGCCUAUA